AUGGCUUUCCUUGGGCUUGAGAAUGAUCGCUCCUCCUUGGAUCCAGGCGUGACGGCUCAGCAAAUGCACAGCUUGAUGGAUCUUCUGGGUGUGCACAAGGAGGAGGAGCAGGAUGAAAACAGCAAGCCGCCCUCCAUCAAUCCAGCGGCCCGAACAGGGGGCAAGCCCAGCCAGGCUCCUCCCAACAUGAAAGUCGCGGUGAGGGAGCCCAAGAAAAAGGACAAACAAGCCAUCUGGUCGCCAGAGGAGUUCAAGGCAUCAUCCGGCGUCGUCGUCAAAAGUGAUGGAGACGACCGUGCCAUUCCAAGAUAUGAGGUUCUACCGCGUCAAAGGCUCCAAGCUUCUGAUGCCUAUCUCAAUCUGCAGGAUAUGGAUCCAUCCAGCGACAGGUGUCAGGAGUUGCUCAUCAAAAUUUGGCUUCCUGGCACGCAGCUGAAGGACAUCUCACUCGACGUCCUCGAGGACCGUAUCUUGCUGCAAGCCCCCAAGCACCAGCUGAAUCUGGCACUGCCCCAUCGAGUCCGAAAGGAUUCUGGAAAUGCCAAGUGGGACAAGCUUGCUGGAAUGCUCUCUGUCGUGGUGCCAAUAGAUCAGAAGGCCGGGACGAGGAAAGAAGAUGGGGGAGCCCAGGGCAUUUCAAAAGAUGUCAAAAGUUCUUAA